AUGGAAACAGACAAAGGAAUGGAGUGUACCCAGCUCUGCACAUCUGAGUUGGAAAACUCCAUAAUGAUGGGACAAGCAAACCUGGGGAAGAAGACUCAAGAUGCCCUGGACAUGGCACAUCGAAACCAAAUCAGCCCUGAUCAUCGGACGGAAGAGAUGAGACGAAGCAACUCUCAAUCACGCACUGAUGCUGAAACACACGUUUCAAAAGGAAUGAAAACAGAAGAAGUUGUACCAAAUGAAACUGCAACUGCAACCCCACGUGGCUCUGCAACACACAUUGCUGUCGUGAAGGAUUCAAAGAGUAAGCUUAUUGGAACGGGGAAUGGAAGCAAAAAAGAAACAAUACUGAACUCCUCUACACACUCCUCUGUCCUUAAACAAGAUUCGAAGAAUAUGGGAACAGAAGGGGGACGUAUUUUCUAUACCAAAUCCAGCUCAGCAUCACACCGCAGGGGUCAGAACCAGGAUUCAAAGAAUAAGGGAACAGGUGCGAUAAGACUAAAUGAAACCACACCCAGCUCACCCAGUGAGCGAGCCAUCGAUGCCCUUAACCCGGAUUCAAAGAUUCAGGAGACAGGGAAAGGAAACAUUUAUCAAACCAAAUCAGGCUUACGAACAAGCAACAGUGUCCUUAGCCAGGAUCCGAAGAGAAAGGCAACAGGACCAAGAAUAAAGAAUGACAGGAAACCCAGCUCACCAACAGGCAGCAAUGUCCAGGAUCCACAGAGUAAGGCAACAGGAACAAGAAUAAAGAAUGACAACACACCCAGCUCACCAACAGGCAGCAAUGUCCAGGAUCCAAAGAGUGAGGGAACAGGAUCAAGAAUAAAGCAUGACAACACACCCAGCUCACCAACAGGCAGCAAUGUCCAGGAUCCAAAGAGUGAGGGAACAGGAUCAAGAAUAAAGAAUGACAACACACCCAGCUCACCAACAGGCAGCAAUGUCCAGGAUGCAAAGAGUGAGGGAACAGGAUCAAGAAUAAAGAAUGACAACACACCCAGCUCACCAACAGGCAGCAAUGUCCAGGAUCCAAAGAGGAGGGAACAGGAUCAAGAAUAA